AUGCUCGCCACCCAGGCAACUCACAGGCACGAAGAGAGGAUCCAACACCUGGAGGCCGUGGUACAGUUCCUUUUGUUGAAGGCAGACCCCGUCCAAGUUCCAGUCGCUCCAGCAGCCUCACCUAACGUUGAUAGGUUCCGAUACUUGACCGGUCGAGGGCUUGAGCCUAUUUCUCCCCGUGACAACUCUCGCCUCAAGCUCCCCUCAGGCAGAAUUGUGGCAGCCCCAACCAACCCUUCCUCCUCGACCACGGGCCACCACCCUGACGCUUAUCCACCCGCACUCGGAGGCCCAGCCAGCACCCUCCACGCCGGCCUCCUCAGCGUCCUGGCCCUUGCCACCCCCCCUUGCAAACGGCCAGCCCCGCCGGACCAGCCCGUCCUCUUCGCCUCCCCCCAGGCCGUUGAACGCCGCUGCAGCAUGGACAAGCCGCUCGGCACCAAUCUUCCCAGGCUUGGGCUCGCCCAACUCGACUACCACAACGCCCUUGCCAUCCUCCCCACCGACCUCCGCCUUUCCACCCAGCUCAGCCACCUUGCCGCCGCCAAACUCCGCCCGCUCCUCAAGCCCUUUGGACCCCACGUCCAGCCCAGCCUCACCUCCACCGCUACACCACACUCGCCGCAGCCCAACUCCUCCUCCAGCCAGAAGCUCCAAGCCCAUUCUUGCCUGCACAUUCAAACCACCCCCGGGCACUCGCGCGACAUCCCAAGCGCCAGCUGCCCAACCAGACCGGAAGCACCCCGCCGGCGCCAAUCACAGCGAGCCUUGAUCAGCUCGCCCGCGCCCUUGCCUCCCCUCCAUCCCCUUGCCAACCCAGCCCCCAUCGAGAAAGGCCAGCCCAGCCUCCCCGCACCCCGCGAACCCCUCAAUGAAGUCCCUGGUUCUUCACCGCCAGAGAUCCUCCCAGCUUCCGGAUUUACCCCCAGGCAUGCACAAGCCCAACCACCCUGCCCGUCCAGCCUAACUAUGUCCUCCCGCCCCGCGCUGGCCUCUCCACCUCACUUGCCCUCCUGCUCCCCGCACAACUUGCACCAUUCUCCCCUGCAGAUGGCCUCGCUCAGCUUCUGCUACGGACAAACAUCAUCCUUCACCUUCUUCUUGACCCCCCACGCCAACGGGGGGGAUUGUCUCUUUGUAGAUGCCACUAGACCAUUUGCAGGUUCACAACGCGGCAAAGGUGGAGGUGCUGAGGCUUCUUCUCUUGGUGCUUUCCAAGCCGCUCUACUCGCCGCCCAAACUCCUCCUCAACACCAACAUUGCUCCUCUAAGAACAACUUCAGUAGCCCCGCAUGCGCCUUCAACACCCUUGCUACCGGACUCGGCAGGAUCACUCAGGGCAAGAUUGGCAUCAGCCCCAAACGCAGCUCCAUCUCUGCUCCUCCCCUGAACCCUUAA